AGUUAUUUGUGAAGACGUUAUUACAAUAGUCUCGGAUCCAUCGCAAGAGAAUGAUAAAAUAUUUUUAACAGAAACUUUACCGACAUUAAUCAAAACAUUUGGAAAAAAUGCGAACUUUAAGUUCUACUUCGUAGAUGAAUUUUUCUCAUCAUCGAAAAGAAUGUGUGCAUUCGACCAAUGGAAAAAUAAUUUCGAUAAACAAAUUGCGUAUUUUUCAUGCGAAGCAAGUGGAACUAGAAUAAUUGAUUGUAUCAAUAAAAUUGGUUGGGACAAAAUUCGUGCCAUUGUUUGUGCAGCAUCUAAAGUUGGCUUGUACAGAAUGGUGGCUAUGAAUAAAUUUAACAAUUUACAAACUAAUACCACACCUGUCAUUUCAAUAGGUAACAAAUUCGUAACUCAAACUAGUUUCCAAAAUGCGAUGUAUUUCGCAUGUACGUUUUAUAAAAAAUGGGAUCCGGUAGCAUGCAUGCCAUAUAAACCCAUAAAAGCAAAGUUUAUUAAGACAUAUAACCCUAACCUGAAAUCAAAUCAAAGGACUUCAACAGAGCAGAAAGUAGUAAAUAUAUUUUCAGAUUUUUCCAAAAGUGGAGAUCAACAAUUCUUCAAAUUGUCCUUUCCAAAAAUUGUUUCCUAUUUCGGGAAGGAAGUCCAGUACGACUUUCAUUUUAUAGACAAGCACAGUGAAUCAUCAAAGAGAAUGUGUGCGUUAGGACAAUGGCGAAACGACUAUGAUAAACAAGCCAGUUAUUUCAAAUGUCUUACAAAGAACAUUACACACGAAGAAUGCAUAAAAAAUAUAGGGCAGAAUGAUAUCGAUAAGAUUUUAUGUGCGUCUGUAUAUUCAAACAAAAACUUAAAUUCGUCUAGACAGUAUUUCCAAAAACUGAAUGUGAAAAAAACCCCAGUACUAACAAUAGGCACCAAAACAUUAGAAAACUUAACCUACUUGAGAGCGAAAGGUUUCAUAUGUUAUUCGUUUGACAAGUGGAGCAAAUAUGUCUGUCCAGAUGCUGACAACGAUGUGGAUAACAAAGUUAAGUUGAGACACAUCAUAAAGACACGAAUUUGAGCUAAAUGAAAGAGAGGGAGUUACAAUCGAUUAAAAUACAAAUUUCAUUAACUUUUCUAUGCUAGAAAUUCUAUAUUCAGAUGAAUUAACCAUGGUA